AUGCUCACCAACAUCCUCCUCCUGACCACCGCCGCCCUCCUCCCCCUCACCAGCGCCGUCCCCGUCGCCGGCAACGGCCCCUCCAAAACCCUCCCAGUCCGCGACACGGCCACCUACACGGCCCCACGCAUCACCCAUAGCGUAGUCGCCGGCCGUUCCGGCCUACACUUCGACCCCGAAAACAUCUUCGCCUCGAUCGGGGACAUCGUCGAGUUCCACUUCCUCCCCGCCAACCACUCCGUCGUGCAAGCAUCCUUCGACGCGCCCUGCGUCCCGCAAGCCCCCUCCGACGCCAACCCGACUCCGUUCUCCUCGGGGUUCUUCCCCGUGAGCCCCAAGCUGGAUGGCUCGGUGCAGCAGAACCCGGAGGUGUUCCAGAUUGAGAUUAAGGAUGAUAAGCCGGUGUGGUUUUACUGUGCGCAGACUAAGGGACGGCAUUGCCAGAGUGGGAUGGUUGGGUCGGUGAAUCAGAAGGUGGAUAGUGGCAAGACGCUGGAGGCGUUCCGGAGUAAGGCUGCUGCUGUGCAGGGGGAUUCGCAGAUUUUGGGCGCUGUGCAGGGCGGCUGGAGGGGCCCCAACCCGAACCCUCUGAGUGGGUUUUAA